GCCUCCCCCGAAACAUCCCCGUGCACGUCUCGAUCUCUAAACGUCCAUCCGCUAGCCGCCUCAUCUGAUCACGCAUACUUUCCGCGUUGUACCACUCCACCUGCGAAAUUAAUAGGUGUCGGCAGACCGCCACCCUAGCGCAAUAGUACGGCGCGCUUGAGUGAACCGCCCUUGCGGACGGAUCCACUUUCUGCUCCGCCCUGCGGGUGCCUUGCCCCCGUACCUCCCCCUGAACCUCCCCGCACCCUUCCCCCCCUUUCCCGCGGCCCCCCACGCGCGGAUGUCGUUCCGCCAGCGUGUUUGGGCACGGCGGGAGUCGCUGGGUGGAAUGGUGCUCGCCGCGUCCUGCUGCGUGCUCGCGCUCAACCUCUCCGCUCAGCGGCGCUCGCUGGGGGAAGCGCAACGGGCGUUGGCAGAAGCUCUGGCGGAGGCGCAGCUGCACGCGGACUCUCUGGAAGCGGAGCGGCGCUUGAAGGAAGCCGCGCGCAGGGCGGAGGCAGAGAUGCGCGGGGAGUUGAGGCGUCUGCGCGCGGAAAUGCGGGGAGAAGCGGGGAAAGGGGGAUGGGGACUGGCGGAGAGAGUAAUAGCACUGGCGGGGAAGGACGAGGGGGAAGUGGAAGGGGGGACACAAGAAGAGGGGGGAAGUGCGGAGAAGAGUGAGGACGGAGAGGAGGGGAGAGGGGGAGAGGAAACAUCAGCAGCAGAUGGAGGGUUGGGGAGGACAGAGGUGGGAGCAAGUGGGAGUGAAGGGGAAACUGGAAGGGGAAGGAGUGAGCCUUCAACAGGAUCCGUGGCCUCGAGACCCAAGAGAUUCUUUGUUUAGCCAGAUGGAAAUCACCUACACAAACUCCUACAUUAAUGCAUUUGAGUUGCUGAACAAAGGCCUUACGGUGUACAAUGAACUAGGUGUCGAAACUAUUUCCAUGGGGGCUCUGAUGCGGUUGUCAACUUAUACAUACCGGUAUGAUGUUAUGUAGAAGUUAUAGGCUGGAUAUGUGUAUGUUCUUAGUGGGUACAACCCAACACUAUCUCUCUUGUUCUCUCUUGUU